UAAUCUAUGUAUUAGUUAAUAACAAUGAGAUCUUAUAAUACACACAUUUCUGCAUCUUGCUUUUCUCCCUGUAACAGUUGCUCCAGAAACCCCUCUAGGACAUCUAUCAGCUUCCAUCUUUUUUAAUGGAUGUAUCAUAUUCUCUGGUGUGGACAGAUAGUACAUAUUCAGCUAUUCUAGUGUUAUGCAUUCCCAUUUCCAACCUUUCACCAUUCUAAACAAUGCUAAAAUAAGCAUCCUAACUCAUGAUUUUGUGUAUUGGUGCUUUUAGUUCUGCAGAAUAGAUACACCUAUUUUUAGUUAACAUUCAUGUCCUAAAAGCCAUCAUAAUUCCACUAGUAAUGUGUGAGUGAGACCCUUCUUUGCCUUCCUUCUAUUUGGCUAUUAGUCCUCUUGGCCUUUGUUAGUGUGAUAGGUAAAAUAACAACUUACUAUUUUUAUAACAUUUCACCAAAAACAAGAGAUGUGUGCCUUUUCAGAUUUCCUGGCUAUCAUGUUUGCUCUUGGGUUAUUUGCCUACUCACAUAUCCUGCCCACUGUUCUGGCUGGCUUGUCUUUUUCAUGUCAGCUUGUAAGAGCCAGGUGUUCUGUUAUGGCUGAAGAGUCCAGAAGUCAAAUGGGUGAAUUGGGGUUCUCUUGGUCUGCACUCCAGGGGCAGUUGCAUGAGUCAGGGACUGUCUUCAGAGCUGGGCUGUUAGGACUGUGGCUGAAGACUACCACUUCUUGGAUAUGGAGUUUGAAAAGAAGAUUGUGUUCAGUCAGGACACAGCCCAGGGUGGAGGUCUGAGAAGACGCCGCAGGAGGAAUGAGGAAUGAGGAGUGAGGAGCCGGCCGGGAGCAUGGAAGACAGCGCGGCGGCCUCAGCGCAGGACAGCCGGUGUCCCGGGCUGGCGCUGGCGCCCUCCGGCCGCCUGGGGGCGCCCUACUCCGAGGCCUGGGGCUACUUCCACCUGGCCCCGGCGCGCCCGAGCCAUCGGCCGGGCCACUGGGCUACGUGCCGGCUGUGCGGGGAGCAGGUGGGCCGCGGCCCGGGUCUGCAGGCCGGGACGUCCGCGCUGUGGAGGCACCUGAGGGGCGCGCACCGGCGGGAGCUGGAGAAGAGCGACCCCCGGCGUUCGCCGCCCGCCGGGCCCUGCUCGCCUCCCGUGCUCGCUCCCGCCGCGGCCGAGGGCGACUGGGCGCGCCUGCUGGAGCAGAUGGGCGCGCUGGCCGUGCGCGGUAGUCAGCGCGAGCGCGAGCUGGAGCGGCGCGAGGCGGCCGUGGAGCAGGCCGAGCGCGCCCUGGAGCGCCGUCGCCGCGCGCUACAGGAGGAGGAGCGCGCCGCGGCCCAGGCGCGCCGCCAGCUGCAGGCCGAGCGCGAGGCGCUGACCGCGCGCCUGCGGGAGCUGGGCUGCCGCGACGACGCCCUGGCCGCCGCGCCCGCCCCGCCGCCCAAGGAGGACCCCGAGGGCGACGACAGGGACGGCUGCGUGGUCACGAGGGGCCUGCUGUAGGGGACGGCCAGCCUUCCCAGGACGCCGUCGGCUGUGAGGCCUUCCAUGUGGUGGCGGCCCAGACCCCCGGCCGCCUCUGCUGGGUAGGGCCGGUGACCUUGAAAGCACAGAAGCUUCUGCACACCCCAGACUCAUCACACCAUGUGCCUAUUCACCGAGCCAGCCUAACGGGGACAAGGAAAUGAAGAUAGAGGCGUCCUCCUUUCCUAAGGGUCUGAGAAGGGGACAUUUAGUUCCUAUGACUACUCUCUUCCCCCAUCACCUCUAGAACUCAGCAGCUGUCCCGGGGUCCCCCUCCCCGUUCUAACUCCGCUGAGCUGUGCAACCCAGUGCCAACGCAGCUCAGCCAUUUCCCCACUUUCCUGCCUCACACUUACUAGCAAGACAGGGGUCAUCCCUUCCAUCUUUCAUGCCACUCCCGGCCUUUGCUCCAUUACUGUUCCUGCUUGGCCUCACUCCCUUCCCUUCCCCAGCAAUGCUCAGUCUCCCUGUGCUGAAGUUUCUCAGCUCCGAAGAGUCAAGUAGUCCUUGUGGCCUGUACUUACACUUUUUGCUCCUUCACCACUGGUCACCUCCCAUUCAGCGUUCCACGCGUUCCAAGUCACCACCCU